UUUAGUCCUAUCAUAGUUCAUCUUCUAAUUCAUCAUCUGGUCCGUCCAAUUUUCAAGAUCAUCGAGUUCAUCAUCGCCGAAUUUUAAAUUUCAUAUUUGGGGGCAUCAAAAUUCAGAGUUUUGAGGUACAAGGCCUCACCCUUUUUUACUCCCUUCACUCUCAACUUUACCCUAAAAAAGCAAGAGCUUGUUCGCCCCUCCUCCCCUUCGUCGUUGUCUCUGAUCUCAAAUGGUGAGACACGCAGUGGGUUGAUGAUAUCGCACUGACAAGCAAUGAUUUGAGGUCUUAAUCUAGAAACUAGAGAGUGAAAGCGAAGGCAUCUAGUUCUUUCCAAUCUCUCUAGAGAGGGAGUAUUUGGAUGUUCAAGAAAGCAGCUGGGAUAUGGAAGCAAGCUGUAAGCCGUCUUUUUAUUGACGCCUGCUUCUUACGCGUCUCUCUCUUGAGAGAUUUGGAUUUCCAAUAAAGCAGCUAGGGAUAUGGAAGAUUCAUGGAGUAUUCUGUGUAAUGUCUUAUGGAUACUUUGGGUGUUAUAUUGGGUUUACUUUUUAUUAGAACCGGAAAAAGGUUUCACUGGCUUUUCUUUGGCAGCAGAAUAAGAGGAAAUAUUUAAUGAGUUUUCUUCUAAGAGAGAUGAUUACUAGCUUGUCUUUCGCUAGCAGCAAAAGGAAAGAAAAAAUUUACUGGGUUCUCUUUAAUUUCGCAAUAGAAUAGAAGACGAGAGAAGAUUCACUGGUCCUGUUUUCUUUGAAGCAGAGGAGAGAGAGAAAAGAGAGAAUCCCUGGAUAUAGACUUGGUUUGCUCUUCUAUUUUCAGGUUCCAUGGACUUCUCAAAGGAAUGGAAAUCUCAGUUUCCUGUAGGCUCGGUCUUCCCUUGCCCCCGCCUCAUCACCGGCGAAUCUGCUCACUCCCUUGGCCCCCACUGCUUUUCACCAAUCAACCCUGCAGCCCACUUUCUAUCGCUAGCAAACACUCUAGUUUGCUAUUCUCCUCCGUCAACAGCCCAAGACGUCUUUUCCACCGCUGAUUGGUUCUAUCGACGAUCAGAUGAUGACUUCAUUCCUUUCCCUCUCAUCUUCUCCACCACCAAAAGUGCAGCCGGAAAACAUUCUUCACGCCAUUUUUCUGGUAACCCCCUCCAUCUUCUCACAUGUCGCAACGGUGAAAUUCUCAUUCUUUUCCCAUGUGGAGGGAAUUCUGAUCGGCUUGCCUAUGUAGUAGGCAGAAGAGAGAGAGACAAUGGUGGUGGUUUUUCCCUCCUCAAGGAUAGUGUUUUCCUUCUUUCUCCAAGUUUCAAGAAUCGAAUAAUUCGGGUCUCUGUGAUCUCAACAGCAGAUUGUGCCUCUUCCUCUGAAGUAUGCGAUCAAUUUACAGAGGGUUUUGUUCUACUUUGUUCUCAUUAUGAGGUUCAUUGGCUUAGAGUUGGUGUUAGGAAUUCGACACCAUUAUCACAUAAUUUAGCAUCAGCCACUUUUAAAAAUCAGGUGGCCAUGCUUGUUGGAGUCCAUAUUUAUCUGAAGAGAGUGCAGUAUUGUUGGUUAAUGGGGAAUUGAGAUUAUAUGACUUAAAUUAUUGUGUUGGGGUCAAGAAUCUGCCUGUGAAAUUUAAGGGAGAGUUGGUUUUGAAGAAUUUGGGGAGUUUGAUUUCA